AUGGCGACGUUCAGCAGCUCAAAGCUUGCUUCGAAAACAGCUAUUUCUUGGUUCGAGUUCUUGUUUGAUACAACAGGAGAUUUGUUGAAACACUUAGGGGAAGCAUCAGCAGGUUUGUAGCAUUUACCAUUUUGUUCUUGAUAUUUAUCGGUCAGAAUUCCAGUUUUGCGAAAGAAUAUUGGAAAGAAAGCUGGUUACAUUAUAUGGUAUAUGAGGAACUUUCCAAAAAGGGAAUUUGCAUCAAUUUCUUCCAAAGUUGGGAGAAAUGCACUAGAAGUCAAGUUAGCACUGAAAGUGUGCAUUUGUAGGGUAUACUCCAGGAGGAUGUGGGGUGGGGAGAGUGUGAGAGGAGGGGGGUGGGGAUGGGGGUGGGGAUGGAAGUUUCAUCUCAUCUCAAUACCUGUGAUAUAUUUAUAUUUUUAGCAUUUAGUUGUGUUGUUGUUGUUUUUGUUUUAAUUAGAUGGAAUCUUGCUUAGCUAAAAAGUAAUACAUUGAUUUCAUAAUUCCAGAACCUUCAGCCACACAACUCAUUGUUCAAUUUCUGGAACACUCUGGGUUGGUCAACAAUAAUGUGGUAUGUAAUCUCUCCAGGGAUGAGAAAGAUGAAAAUUAAUGUUUGUACUCAUGCGAAGUGGCCUAUCCAUCUGUGCCAUCCCCACCCCUCACCCCUCAGGUGGGGUUCUAGUUCAUUGCAAGAUACUCCUCAGAAUUUUGUCAGGCUUCCUUGACAGUUUGCUAGCAUGCAUUUAUACUCCCAGGUUGGUAGAGGUGGAGGGUUAGUUAAGUGACUUGCUUAUGAACACAACAUACUGACCUCCCCACCAGAAGUGGGAUGCUAGCUCAUUGCAGGAAACUCCCCAGAAUUUUGUCAGGCUUCAUUGACAGUUUGCCAGCAUGCAUUUGUACUCCCAAUAAAAUAUACUCCAUUUUUUUGAUUAAAGUCAAUUAAAACUUUGUCAUGAAACACUUUAGAGAAAACAAAAUUUUUGGGAUUCCUUUGCUUUCUCUGAAGUGAUUGUGAAAAAGUAAAGCUAAUGAUAAUGCGGUACCCCUUGUUUGGUGAUGAUUACAGGAUGUAAGGAAAUUUGGAUAACUUUAUUUUGUUGCCUUGUAUACAUUGACUCACUACUUAACAUAUAUCUUUCUCUCGCUCGGUUUGUCACAAUGUUGAGAAUUUUAAUUGUUUGGAAAGAAGUGCACAUUGAUAACAUUUACUUGUCCUCAUUGCCAAGAUGCCUAAAUGAAAAGGUACCUUAACAUUAAAAAAAAAAAGCAUUGUGUUUAUGUUUAUAAGGGUGCUGCUUCUGAAACUCCUCCAACUGAAAACGGAAGAGUACAACGCCUCUGUCACUUAGCUUUAAGGAUUGGAACACAUCUGCAGUGGAAUCUGGAAAUUUUGGAAGAAAAGUAAGACAUAAAUAUUGAUCAAGCUUGUCUUUGUAGUGUUAAAAAUUAAUGAGUUAUUUAGGUUAUUUUCACUUGUUAUCUUAACCUAAAUGACUCAUAAUUUAUCCUUUAGUCUUUCUCUUCAAUGGCAAAGCAUUUUGUUGGGUGAACUCAUAAAGAGAACCCCAGGAUUAGAUGAGGUGAGCCAAUAAAUUUAAAGACAACAGUAAAAUUACUAGAUAAGAAAAAAUAAUAACAUUAUGAUUUUUGGUGAUCUAUGCUAGGCUGUCAAUUGAUAAGAUUUAGAGUGGAUGUCAUGUUCUAUAGUCAAAUUACACACGAGACUGGAAGCUUUUCAGUCAAGAUGUCCCAGUCUAGUUCAUACAAACCUAAAUCUUCAACUUGGAAGUAAUUCACAUCUAAACUAGUAACUGGUAAAUUAUGCAUUCACUUACACUGAAAACAAGAAAACAGGUGCUGCACAGAUUUAUUUGAUGGCAUAUUAGUAAUUUGGUAAUUAAAAAGUAGUUGAAAGUUGCCUAUGUCUAGUUGGUGGCUAUAGACAUCUCCCUGCCCUGGUGACUGGCUCUCACUGACAGCUGCUUAGUUAUAGCUACUGCUAAUUGGAAUUAUGAAAUUGUUGCUAGUUUUGGAUUAGAGCUAAGUACUGUUAGCAGCUGUUACAAAGUACAAGGCAAUGAAAUUUUUAAUUUGUGUUAACUUUUAUCAAAUUUGUUCUUAGGUGCUUAAGAGUGAUACAGAUAUCAGUAAACUGGACAAAAAACAUGCAAUGACUCUCAUAAUUUACUAUAGAUGGUAGGAGUUUCUAAAAUUUUUUACCAGGAAUUAAUGCUUUUGUCAUUUUAUUUCUUUUUUCACUUGGUUACUAGAAGAAAAAUAAAAGUAGGCAUUGAGUGGUGUUAAAAGCUAAAUAGCAAGAUACUGAAUUAUCUUGUGGAUACAAUGAAUCUGAUGAGUUUGUAGUAGCACAUAGAUUUUUUAUGGUAUUUUAAAUGUCCACCUUACCUUGAUCAUCCAUGUUUAUAUUGUUUAUAGUCAUAACUGUUUUCCUUACAGGUUGGUUAGGACUCUGUCUCAGCAUUUUCUUCCUAAUGUUGAAAAACCUACCAAUAAUGGGUUAGUUGUUAAAUUUAUGGAGUAGCAAAGACCAUGAUUACAUUAGACUAUCCAUUGGAAAUAUUAGUUAAGCGCAAAACAGUCGUGCUUGGUUGUUCAAAGCUUGGUUAAGAUGACCCAGGGUUAGUGAGAAAUCUGAUUUCAGAUCUGAAAGCUUAAAAGAAAAUUCAGUAUAAUUCCUUUGUCAACAAUUUAAUUAUUAGAUGCUCCAAAAAAGAAUAGAGAUAAUCAUCCUGAAAAGGCUUUUGAACAAAGGAAUAUAGAAAGCUGGAUUAAAAUUUAACCUUGGGUUAGUGCUAAUUGGCCUUUGAACAACUGGGUCCAGGACCCUACUGCAUCAAGGCAGCUUUGGUUCAUAAGAUUUUUGUUCAUGUGGUCAUUCAUCAGGAUCAGCAUUCCAUAUAAAAAUGUCAAGAUAUAAAGAUAUGAAAUUAUCUUUAUUGUCUUUGUUUAAAAAGAAAGUAAAGCAGCAAUUUAUCAAAGAUUACUAGACAUCUGUAUUGUCUGUGUAACUUUAAAAUGGAAAUAAUGCUGUUUUUCAAUGUAUGAAUUUUAGUCUCUUUAGUAUACUGGUAGUUUACCUUUGUGUGCGUUUCUGUAUCUCUUUGUUUUUGUGUCCCUGACCUAAACAUUUAAAUAUCUUUAUUUUCAACUGGCUGCCUGGCAUUUUUAACUCUUAGGUUAUUUCGGGCAGCCAGUGCCCCUAUCAUUGUCUGUACUAUUAUUAUAAAUUUUUCUUUCCUGUAUAUUUUGGGGUGAAAAAAUAAAGUUGUUGUUGUUGUUGUUGCUGUUGUCCAUAUGCUUUGAAUCUAUAGACCUGAGAGCUAAUUCCCCCUAUAGAUACCUAUUCAUUUGUCUGUAAGCUAGUCUUGAGAAUUUGGUAUCACAUCAUAACAAUAUCUCCUGGUUGAUUUUUUGACUUGCCUUGUUUAUAUUUUCAAACUUUUCAGUCUUACAGCUGACAACUUGGCAAAUGAAAGCAUUCUUAAAAAGGUAAGAAAAAUUACCUUAAAAAAGGUAAUUCCCUAAUAUAUGUUACAGGUUAAAUUUGAUUCCAGGUUAUUUUUUAUUUAACCUAGGUUGAUUUUUUUUACCUCAGGGUUAGUGGGUCAGUGGGGACAGGGAACAUACAAGUUUUGAGCAUCUCUUUACUUUAGGGGAGAGUUAGUCUGUCCUUUUUUCCUUUUUUCCUUUUUUUUGUUUUCUUGUGAAAAUAGUAAUGAAAAGUUUUUAAUUAUCUGUAGCUUGAAGAGCAGCUACCAUUUGCUGUCCAGAUACUUGAGCAAGCUCUGGGGCUAACUGAGGACAUGGUCCUUCCUUCAGCUCCUUCACUGGCUGCUGCACCUAAAACAACUGAGCUAUCUGAGCAAGAGAGGGCAUCUGAUGAGGGAGUACCAGCUAGUGAUGAUCAAGAACAGAAUUUGGAAGUUGAUGACCCCAACAAUAGUGAGACUGAAAGCAAAGCCGUUGUCAAGAAUGGUUCUGAUGAAAAGAAUGGCUCUGAUGCUGUUGAAAGUCUUGAUUCAAAUACAAUUGAAGAUGUAAAGAUUAAGAGAGAAGACAUCAUUGCUCAGGUAUGGAAAUUUUCACACAAUCAGAUUAUUAUUUGCAGAUUAGUGUUUCUAAAAAAUAGUGAAUUCAGCUCUUCACAUUUUGGUUGAAAUCUUCUUUUUGUUGUUUUUGUUUUGUUUUGUUUUGUUUUAAAUCCUUUGCUUUUAUUACAAAACACAAUUCUACAAAACAUUACUUACAAUGCAAGACUCAUUAUGCUACUCUACUUACAGAACAAUACUUAUGAUACUUACGAUGUAGGUUACUCAUGCUAGCAAUACAGUACUGAAUAUGGUUACUUGCAAAAAUAUAAUUACUUGCAAUAUGGGCUACUUACACCACUAAUAAUAUAAUACUCUACUUACAUUACUUGCUGAAUAUACAGUUACUUACAAUACAUUGUGCGGUAUAUUGACUUUGAGGAGGCAGGAGUACUUCUCAAUAAAACAUAUAAUUAAGACAAAUUUUCAAGAUUGUAUUUAAUGAGUAGCUUACUGAUAAAAUCCUGAAAGGAGAUGGCCAGGCUAUUUAACUUGGCUGAAUAAAUAUAAUGGCACAUAAAUAAGGCGGUGUAGUUGAAUUUCCGUAUUAUUGUUGUGUUGUGGGAGCUUGCAGCAAUACCAAACAAGGUCUCCUCUGUGGUAGGAGAGAUUUGGCACGCAUUCACUUGGUUGAACCAGUUCAAGACCUUUUGGGUAAACAAUCUGGUAAACAUAUAUUCGAUAAAAGAGUGCUGAAUUGAAUCUCUAUUUCUGCGGUAUACACAUUCAUUGUCUGCCUUAAAACCAAAUCUGAAAAGUUAUUUCUUAGUUACUAUCUUUCUGUGGAUUAAUUUAAAUUGAAAUUCUUUUAAUUUAGUUUCUCCACAAAUGUUUUUCAGUUUUGGUUGAAAAUGAAAAUGAGAAUGGGAAUACUGUCAGACAUCAUAUACUAAAACCCAAAACAGUGGGACAGAAUUACCUAAACGAGUGAAACCACUAAAUAAAUGUUCAAAGCUACACUUAACAACUCAACCAGUCUAAAUGAAGGAAACAAAACUCAUGAGAGAAAUGGUGCCUUGUCAGAAAUAAACAAUAAAUUGUCUCACAAUAUGUAGAUUUUGAGCAUUUAAACAUGUUAAAUUUUUUUUGCCUUUUGAGAAAUUACAGCUAACUAUGUAAAGCUUCUGUUUUGUACAUAACUUUGGCUCUAUUUUAUUUUAGGUUUCCUUUGAUUUAGGAACCCUAUACUUCUACCAGGAAAAGUUCCAACGGGCAAUGAAACUAUUUGAAAGUUGCAGGAAUGCACAGGUACAGAUUAUAACUAUGCCAUUACACCAUUACAGUAUAUUGGGUCAAAAUUUGUUAACAAGCAAAACUGCUUUCAACUUGAAUUGGAACAUAAGAUAUUAAGAAUAUGAAAACAAUCUUCUCGGUAAUGAACACUACUUUAGCUGUAGUGAAAAUAAGGCCUGAAAAAAUUCAGGCCUGCGUGGGAUUUGAACCCUUGACAUCUGUGAUACUGCUGCUAUGCUCUACCAACUGAGCUAACAAGUCAACUGGGAGCUGGUUAUUAUGUUGGUUCAUUAGAAACAAGAGGAGGAGAGGAGGAGAGGAGAGGAUUAAUUUGGAAUGCAAAUGAUAACCUUGGAAAUUUUUUACUGGGCUGAAUUUUACUAGAUGAUGGUUCAUUAAACCAUGACAUAGCUUUUGUUUAUAAAUUAACAAUUCUUUAUGAAUUGCUUGGAGAGCUUAAUGUUCAUGAAUAAUAAUCUUUUUUCCAAUGAAUUUUUGAAAAAAUCUUCCCAUGAAAAUCAAUGAAAAUUGAUUGAAGAAUUUCAAAAUAAUAGGUAUACAUUGAAAUAGUUUACUUCAAAUCCUUUUUCUUUUGUUAUCCAAAGUGUGAGCAGUCAUCAUUUUACACUGUGUGUGAAAAGAAGUUGUACGGCUACUACAUGGCUUGUUGUGGUUUAACAGGCAUUCCCUCUGUGGCCCUGAGUACUCCCACUCCUACAGAGAGUAAGCCUUCCUUAGCUGUGAGACUUGAGCAUUGCCGACAUUCUGGAUACAAUGUUAGUAAUACUACUUUGCUAUUCAUUCUGUUUUCAAUUUAUUCAUCAGUGUAAGUUACUUUGAAUUAACUGAUCCUGAACUCCAAGUUGCGAUAAAUCAUUAUAAUUACUUUACUUAUAUGGCAGGAGCAAAUUGAAUUACACAAGAACUGACAGUAGUUGACUAGGAUUUUCACUAAUCAUGAUUUUUUGUUUUGCAAUUGGUACUUUACUCCAUUUCCACAUCAGAUUUCUUAGCCUGUUCUUUAAAAAUAAAAAGCAAUUGAUGCUUUUGGGUUUGUUAUUAGAAUAAGACAUUUUUGUAUAUUUUUGUUUUAAGGUUCCUGUCGAAAUUUCUAUUUCAACUUUUGUUGUGCAAAGCUAGCUAUAGACAGUUUUGUGACAAAGUAAUAUGAAUCUGGAUACCAUGUAGUUAGUCCAACUUUGUACUCUGUCUUCUAUUAUACAGAAUGUCAUUGCAAUCCUUUUGGAAGACAACAUUGCACUGGAACUGCCAUUGGAAUAUAGAGAGAAUCUAGUCACAGAGCUAAGGACAAAUAGUCGAAGAAUGAGUGAAGAUGAAGAAAUUACUGGAAACAUUUCUCUUGACUGGCAAGUCAUGGUUUGUAACAUCAUCAGAGACGUUAUAGAGGGAAGACCAACAAAUCCUGGAUUUUGGCUUUCAUUAGGCAACUGUUAUCAGAAUCAACUGGAUGUCAUAUUUUCUGUGAGUGAUGUUUUUUUUUAUGACACAACCUAUAAAGGCCUGUGUGGGUGUGCUUUUGUGUGAUGAUGUAAGUUUACUGGUAAUAGGUGAAGAAAUAUGAUAUAAUUUUGGUUGGGAUGGGAGUGUGUUGUUGUCUAUUAAUGCAAGAUGUAUUGUUAAAUUAUGUCACAAGUAAUGGGCUGGAGAAAGUCUGAGUUCCCCACAAGGAAUAGAGGCCCAGUUCUUUGGAUACUAGUGCUUUUGGGAUUUAAUGUUCACAGUAUGCUUCAAAAAGUUGCUCUAUGCUUGCAAAGGAGCUAAAUUUGACACAAGUGCAUUCAGCUAAGGAUUUAUUUUCAUCAGCUGUCUUUUUUUAGCUUUGUUUGCAGUCAGUACCAAUUGAAGAUGACUUCCCUCCUCAAAGUGUUAAGGAUAGCCACAGGUUUAAAAUCCUCAAGUCAUUUAUUCAGUAAGUUAUUAGUGUUUGUAGCUGAGGUUGCUCUGAAUCCCCAGGGCUGUCCCAGAGAGAAAAAAAUUCCUAUGUGCAUUUUUUUUUGUUUUUUGUUUGGAGAAAACCUCUUGUAACUGUUUAUUGACAAGAAAAGAAAGUCAUAGAUUACAUGUUAUCAUGUUUCCCCUGGCUAAGCUCUGGAUAUAGAUUUUGGCUCAGUUAGUAAACAAGUAAACAAAAAGAAGAAGGUUCACAGAGUCUAAUCAAGUGUAUGUGAGAAUAGAUAAAAGGUUAAGUUUCUAAAGAAACUGUGGUGCUGCGUCGGUAUGUUAACAACUGAGUUGAAAAUGUAAAUUAGCCACCAUAAAGAGUAAAAAAGCUGAUGUUUUGAGUGUUAGCCCUUCGUUAGAGAGCAAUUGACUGAUUGAGUGAUUGAUCAAUCACUCUGAUGAAGGGCUAACACUCAAAACAUCAGCUUUUUUAUCCUUUACGGUGGCUAAUUUACGUUUUCAACUCAGUUGUAUGUGAGAAUAGUCCUGUAAAGGAUUGAUGCCAUGGUCAGUGACUGUCACUUCUACAAUGGGAGUGGUUGUCAUCUUUGAAGUCAAGCAACUUCCAUGUAGGUUGUUGAAAUGUCAGUCUUUGUUUUCUUUCAUGGCAACCCCUACUUAGACCGUCAGAGUACAUUAUCAACCUCUAUUCUUAAGUUCAAACCAUUUACUGUGAAAGAAAACUUAAGAUAUCUUCAAGAAAAAACACUUAAGAGCAGUUAGCUAAUAAAGGUUCAAGAUUAUAUUAAAGUGCUGAUUUUUAGAUAAAGUUUAUAGCAGUUUGAUGGUCACAUUUCACAUUGAUUGUCUUUACUGUGUAAUGUCCUUUUCAGAAUGAUUUGUUGUACCUGUGAGCAGGUGGAUGGAUGGAAAAUUGCGAGGAAUUCUGGUGCUAAAAUAUUUUUGGAUGAAGAGGUAAUUACACACAUGACACUUUCAUAUGAAAUAAACAGCCUGGUAAUUUGUUGUAAGUUGGGUGCAAUUUGGCUCCUGGAUUCAAUUAGGAAAGUUUGUCUUAUUUAGUAAGUAUUGGCUUGAUCGACACCAGUUAGUUUUUCCAGCUCAUUUCUAGAGAUAUGAUCCAAAUUCAGCUAACAUGUUAGUCACUCCUUGUAAUGUAACAUGCCUGGGCUUUUCUGUCUCCUGUGUCUUCUGGAAUGAUUAAUAAUAAUCAAUGAUUACAAGUUCAGAACAAAACUAUGUAAAUUUGAUCUUAGGAUGGAAUUGAAAUACAAAUUAAAUGUUUUCAAUCCACAUUUUAUGCUUUGUUAGGAAGAACCAAUGGAUUAUGUCCAGAGUGAAGUGGUUGAUACUCAACCAGAUGUUAUUGAGCAGGGCUUAAUCACUGAUCAGUAUAACACAGAAGGUAGUGUAUGCCAUCAAACAAUGAAUUUUCACCUCAUUUAGUAUACAUGGUAAUUUGGUGUUUGAAGUAAAGACUGACAUGUAGAACUGGAUUUGAAAUGGAUUUUAUGAAAAAGUUGAGAAAUUUAGGUGUACAUAAACUUCAAGCAACAAAAUCUACAUAAAAGCAUUGAAAAAUGUUUUGCUAUUAUACAACCCACUCAGCCAAUGCACACUUUUGUUGAAAAACAGUACAUUUAACUUGUUCAUGAGAGCCAUUUCUUAUGCUGUUCAUGUGCCAUCAUGCCAUUAACAGUGGCAUUAGCAGGAGGGCAGGGAAAAGCUGCAUGGCCCGGGAAGAUGUGUGCAGAAAGAAGAAAGGAAGGAAGGGGCAUGGCAGCAGUCAUGGGUGAAAAUGCUUAUUGACCGAGUUAGGUUGGGCCAGAUGGAAAAAUAUUUGGCAUAGUAUUUCUAAAUCAUUGUAACUCACAUUUACAGCUGCAUCAGGACAAGAAAGCACAGAGUUAAAGAAAGGCUUCCUUUGCAAUAAGCUGCGAUGCACAGUUGAUCCAGGAGAGAUCAGCAAUCUUGUGGAAGAGCUUCAUCAACUUGAAAAAGGAAGGAAGCAUUCAGAGGUACAGUAGUGUGUGUUUUUUUUUCUAAUGUACAGUCAUUGUGAAAUGCUUUUGGAUAGUGAUAGAAAUGCUGCUAUAUAAAAGAAGUAUCUAUUAUUAUUAUAAGAGUUCAGUGCUUUAGAACAAGAACCCAACAUUAACCCUUUAACUGCCAGAGGUGAUUGGCAUGUAACUUCUCCCUAAAAUAUCCAUACAUUAUCCAGCAAACAGGUAAUGAGAAAUUAAUCAAAGUUAUCAGCUAGAAGUUGUCAUGUUGAUCAAACAUUAAAUUCUCAUCAAUCGUUUAAAAGGAAAUGUGUGGCAGCUAGAUAGGAGAAUUACUAAUUAGAUCUUGGGGGUUAAAGGGUUAAAACCUAGGUAGGGUUCCAAAUCAGACCCUAUGAUGUGCAGUCCAGUCUAGUCUGCAAACCACCAAGCUUCUGUUAUUCCAACUCAAAUAGAUAAAUCCAUCAUGUACGGAACAUCCUUCAGUGUAUUAUCAUUUCAGCCAAGACUGGGUUUGCAUGUGGGUUUUGUCUGUACCCAGUGCUUAGGCAAGUCUAUCUUAAUUGACUGUUCAACAGCCCAAACUAAGAGUUCACCAAUUCUCAACUUAUAUUUAAUAGCAAAGUGAUAUUCUACUCAACAUGAUAUUCCAGUUACUAAAUUUUGUAUUUCAAUUCUUAUAUUUCAGGAAUUUGUCUGUCUACUAUACAAGAGUCACCUUGAAGAGAUCAAAAGUCUUCAACAACAAGAUAUACUGCAUAUCCUAUUUUCCAAAGCCUUGCAUUGUUCCACUGUUAAGGUAAUUGGGAUUUUAAAUUCUCAGCAUGAUAAAUUUGAGACUCAGACUUGAAAAGACAUUGUACCUAGUACACCAGGAAACUGGUUAUGAAGGAUCUGUGCAUAAUAUCAUAUGAUGUAAUUUUAAAGAAUUGUUGUUUAUUUUCUUUAGGAGUACAACAAUGCUUCUCAGCUUCUUUCUUAUGCCCUUGGGAUGGUGAACACUGUGGCUGGCAGAGGAACUGUCAACAGUCCACUUGAGAAAGUAAAAGCUGCAAUUCACCAAGAACUUCUUGUUCUGGAUAUUUGUCAUGAGUCAGGCAACAAAAGGUAUCUAUGCUCUACAUUUUAUUUAAAUUUGUUUUUUUCUUUGAGCUCUGCUCAAAAGGUUUGGGUUUCAAAAAAAAUUCAAACAAAAUAAAAUCAUUCUUUGCUUUUACUUAUAGAACAGAUGAGAUUUCCAACAGGGUCAAGUCUUACAUAUGGCAAACUGCACCAGGUAUUAGCAAUUCUCACAAUAUUAUCUUUGAAAAAAUAAUUUGAUAUGAAGGCUUCAUUUAACCCUUUACACCCUAACAUCAGUAUGCAUAUUCUCCAUACUGUUCUCUAUACAUUUCAUAAGGUGCUGAGAAGGAGAAUUUGUUUUACAAUCAGGACUUUCUUUAGUUGGUGAUCAUUUCCUGUAUUCUUUUUACUGUAAUGUGUGAAUUGUGAAUGAUAUUGUAAGGAGAAAUUAGAUGCUAAUCACUCCAAGGGGUCUAGGGGUUAAGUUAUUGUCAGAAAGAGUACUAUUUAAAGAUUAGUGAUUGAUACACUUCAGAUUUAAUUUAAGCUCCAUGCAAUUUGUCCAAACAUGGUUUAAUGCUUAUUAUUGUGUCAUUAAUAUAUGUUUUUGUCAACAGGAGCAGCAGAAGUUCACAUUGAAGAGCAAGUAAAUGCCUACCUCUUAAAUGGCAAGGAAUGGGAAUUUUUAUCAGAAAUAAAAGUUGAUGAAAAUGCACAGUCAGUAGACCACAGAUCUGUAAGUACCAAUUUACCAUCUUUUGAAUAUAAAUUUUGUAUUUGUUCUUCCUGCGUUUGGAAAUUGGAUUAGACUUGAAGUCUUAAUUAUCUUCACUUGUAGAUUAGUAGAUUUCAGGUUCUAUAUAAACAUCUGUUUUAUUUAAAUUUCAAAAGACGACCUCACAAUUUUUACUAUUCAUUUGUAGCUGAGUAGUUUGUUGGCCUCUGCCUGUUAUUAUUUGUCCAAACCCCAGGGAUGGAGGAAGCCAGCCAGGAGUCUGUGGGAUGGUGGUAAGUCUACAAUGCUUUACAGUGAGACAGCGGCAAACAUUUUAGUGGGCUUAACCCUUUCACUCCCACAAGUGACCAAGACAGAAUUUCUCCUUACAAUAUCAAUACAAUAUCAAGCAGGCAGGUGAUGAGAAUAGAGAAGAAUAUUAAUCAUGGGAUUAUUUGUUGAUCCAAUACCAAAUUCUCUGAACUAACAUCGUAAGAAUUGUAUGGCAGAUAGUAAGGAGAAUUACUAAUUAGAUCUUGGAAGUGAAAGGGUUAAGGUGUUUUUAUAAUUUUUUAUUAUAGAUAUGUCAAUUAAAUUAAAUAAAAGACAUCUUUCAGAUAACAUCACCAAAUGAAUUUGGUGUGGGAUUGGGUAACAAAUACAAUAAUUUUAAUGUUCCACUCAGUUGAUUUCAUUGUAGGUUAAUUGUUUUGCUUUUUAUUUUUUAGUUCUCAAGAUAUUUAGUAAUAGCAUUGGACAACAGAAGUGGUCUGCUGAUGGAAGCCAGGGAGCUGCUGUAGCCUCUCAGUCUGAAGGACUAAAACUGUAAGAACUAUGUUCUCAUACAUCUUUUUGGGACAGGUGCAUGGACGGGUGGGGCAUACCAUGGCCCUGAGCAGUUUUCUCCAGAAACACUAGUUGCUGGUGUUUUCAACAGCUACCUCUUUCUGAAGUGGCAGCUACUUUAACUAGACAAAGCCAUGAAAUACCUUUCUUGAUCUGAAAUAAAUUCUAACCUUUGCAGACUUGGUGUUUUAAUUGCUACCUUCUCGAUAUAUCUUGGUAGAACACUGCUAGUGGUUAGCAAACUUGACUCCAGAUCUUAAGGUUCCUUGUGGUUCAAGCCUCUGCUGAAUCAUUGGGUUGUGUUUGUGGGCAAGGCAAUACACUCUAACAAUGCUCUCUUACCUUGAAUUAAAAAUGGGUAUCAUCAAAUGCUAAGGGGGUAUAGUUGUAACUCUUAUAUUUAGCUUAGACAUAGGCUACAUUUCUAAAACUCUAUCUAUUGAAUUACUUCACCUCCUCUUUUUUAUUUGUUUUCUCUUUAUUACCUGUAAGUCUUAAUUAUAUAAUGACAAAGUAAUCUAACUUAGAGAUAUCACCUACUACUGACAUUCAUGACUUAAGUAAGGUCACUAAUCUAACAGAUGUCACCUCAAUAUUGAGGUAAACUUUCACUGGUGUACUGGUUACUAAUCAAGCAUUAUAUUGUAUUACAGAACCAGUUUCAUACAUUUUGUAAGAAAAAUCAAGGUAACUUAGUUUGUAUUUAUUAACUAUGAUACUGUUAACUUGCAUUUUUUAAUAUUUUUUUUCUCAGAGUAACCAUAAAAUUUUGUUGAAUUUUAAGCCGUAUUUUAUGUCUUGUUUCCUUCUCAGGAGGAGACCGUGCUAACUGUGUUGAUAUCUUGCUUAGUAAGACUACGUAAUGCCUCUAACAAGGUUUGUAGAUCUCCAAGUUAAAUUAACUUAUUAAGUUUUCUCUGAAAAGAUUUCCAUAGUACGAUGCAUUGAAAUCAUGGCCUUUACUUAAAAACUGAGAGUUUCAAGGGCCUAACCAUUCCCCAUUUGAAUACUGCUUUCUUAAGAGGCUUUUUUUUGGGGGGGGGGGGUCUUUCCCUGUUUUUCCCCCUUAGGCUUUUUAAAAACCCAAGAUGUGAUCAGCAAUUCUCCCUUUUAGCUCCAUUUAUUUCCCUUUAAAUGGGUUUGGAGAAUUUGAUGUUAUCUCUAAGUAACACCGGUCACCCUCUACAUGUGGAUGAUAGUGUUUCCUCAUGCAUCACUUGUUUGCUUGAUAUUUAUGGAAAAAGCUACAUGUUUAAUACCUUUAGGAGUGAAAGGCUUAAGAUGAUUUGUCCCUUAAAAACUAGACAGUCAGCUAACCUCUGCACACCAUUUCCAUUGAAAGGGCGAUGAAGUAAAUUCCCAAAGAGACAUAUCAAGCUCACAUAGUCAUCUAUGGCCAACAGCAAUCACAAAGUAAGUUGAUCUAACUAAUUUAAAAGUAAUUUUACCGUCCAGGGUCCGAAAUAAACUUUUUUUUUUAAUUGAGCACCCUUUUUGUUCCAGUUGACAGAGGGAAAAGUUUGGUGCAAUGUUUUCCCUAUAUUGAAAUAUACACCACUUGUAUCACAUGAUUUAAAGGCUUCAUGUAUUUUUUGUUUUACAGCCCUGGUAAUGUAAAUUUUGAUCACAUUGGCUUGGCCUUGUCAGGUGUGGUCCACCAUGCCCUCUCUGUACAACAUCAUAAUGUUUCAUGGCUCCAAACCCUUGGAGAUAUCUACUUGGGUAAGUUUUGGCUGUAAAAUGUACCUAGAAGUUGGAUCUUGCUUCACAAGUCUAACAUGUAUGGGAAGUUUGUAUGGCUUCAGUUGGUGCAUUAAGUUUUUAAGAGAGAAGUGUUUUAAUGGUAAAUGAAUAAAGGGGUAAGUUUCUAAAGAAACUGUGGUGCUGCGUCGGUGGGAGAGUAUAGCAGGUAAUUUAGUGUUAACAACUGGGUUGAAAACGUAAAUUAGCCACCAUAAGGGGUAAAAAAGCUGAUGUUUCGAGCAUUAGCCCUUUGUCAGAGCGAUAGACGAAGGGCUAACGCUCGAAACAUCAGCUUUUUUACCCUUUACAGUGGCUAAUUUACGUUUUCAACCCAGUUGUUAACACUAAAUUACCUGUUUUAAUGGUACUUUGAUUCAUACUAAUCUUAAUCUUGAGAUAGCAAUUGCCAAUCUCUUAUAGUUAAUUCUAGUUUACAUGUGGUUAGCAUGGACCUGAGCUGUAAAUAUUGAUCAUGAAGUGUGACCAUCUCGUUGAAGGUUAAAGAGGACUGUCACUGACAACAUUCCUUCAUUGGAAUACCAUCACCUGGAUGUUAACUCAAAAUGAACAAAUCUAACUUUUGGAUUAAAACUAUUUACUAUGAAAACAUUUCUUUAAUUUACAAUUUUUUCCCUUUCUCCAGAUUCUGGAAACUAUUCAUCAGCCUUGCGGUGUUAUCUUGAAGCUGGUGCUGUGUCAUCUCUUUUUUUUAAUUCACCAGUUCCAUCAUCUGUCUGGGAUGAUCAGGUAGAGACUGGCAUGUAUGAAAAAUAGCAGAACACAUGAUAAACCAACAUUUUGUUGCUUCCUCUGUUUUCAUUUCAAAUACAGCUGUAACUGCUAGCUAGUGUGUUGGUGAUAAUGAUGAUGAUGAAGAUGAUGAUGAUGAUAAGGGUGGUGAUUGUGAUGAUGAUGAUGAUUAUGGUGCCUACCUUUGCAUCACCCCUUUCUGAUAGACAAUAUAUUUUUAGCUCUGAUAGAGUGUAAACUUAAAACAUGAGAGACAAUUUUUGUGAAAAUCACCUACAGUUGGCUCUAUAGAUCCAAUACUAACCCCGGUGUAUCUUUUGUACCUCAUCAGGGUUUGGACUCACUUUUUCAACUCCUCUGUUAACUUUGUUUGUUUUGCUAGGUUUACAGAAAAAUGGUGACAUGUUGUUCAGCAAUGAAAGCUCAUGUUCAGGUAAAGGAUGAGGAGGUUCUUAGUUAUUAAAGAGGUUAAACAUUGUGAAUGGCCAUCCACUAUUAACCAAUAGUGCUCUUGAGAGAACAUGUACAUUGCUGUGAAUGAUGAUUUUUGUUUUAUUAUUUUGUUCUUAUUUGAAACAAAGAGUCAUGGAAAAUUGAGCAAAAGAACAAUUUUUUUUUGACUCACAUAGUCUUAAAUCUUUACCAUGUACUUUUGUUGGAGGAUGUUGAACUUUAACAUGAUGAAUAAGUCAGUUCCACUAUUUCAAACAAUGACCCGAUGACUUAGUCAUUUACAUAACUGUUACUAACAGUAACUGGUACUGAACAUAAAUUAAUUUGUUAUGAAAACAGGCAGCAUUACUUUGUCAGUGUAUGGAGGUUAAAGAUUAUACAACAGCUUUCAAGGCUCUUCAGCAGGCCUGUUCAUCAAGGUAAUAUAUGACUUUGAUGUCAGCUUCUGAUACUGUGUUGCAAUUUUAUGGAGGGCUGACUUUGUUCUUAACACACAAUUGUCUUUGAGCCAAUGGGCCAUCAACAGAGUCCUCUUCAUUUCCUGUAAGACUUAAUGCAACCUCUUUUCAUUUCAUUCUGUUUUGUGCUGCUCAUUGUGCCUCACCCCUGUGAUUUUUUCCUCACUGAGCCCAGCUCGGACAAAAAGUGUUUUUUUGGCAAACCAACUUUCCUUUUACUAGGGGAUGUCCAACUCAGGGCAACCUUAGGUAUACAAGCCAGAUCCAUUUUCACCAUGUGGCCCAGCUAUCUGAUUCAUCUGCAUUUAGGUGCACAUGGUCAUUGACACUUUGUACAUAUGACAGAAUUGAUGCCAACUCAUUAUGAAAGGUGAAUUUUUCCCAUCUGACCUUUCCUGCUUAUGUCUGCCUUAAUGUCUAAUUUGAACAAUACUUUUAUCUUGCCAGUUCUGAUGCCAUGGACUUCUACUACACUUUCUUCUGGGACAUAACCAUGUUAGAAUAUUUAACUUGUAUCCUUCAAAGCAAAUUGAAAAAAGUGCUUAGCAGGCAUUAAAUUAAAAAAACUAGAAUGAAUAAACAGUUAGAUAAAUAAAGUAAGAACUUAAGGAAUAGAAAUCGGUAGUGGCACAUCUGAAGAGAGGUUCCUUGUCCACUGACUCUAGGUCACAUAAAAAUUGGGAAUGCUGUCUUCUGAGGGAGAAAUACCAGAGAAAUUGGAGGAUAUUUCAUGAAACAGAGACAAGAGCCAACUGACCUAACCACCAAGUGAUGUGCUAUAUUUGCUCCUUUGAGAAAAUUACAUUUAGGUGAUGUAUAGUCAUACAAUGAAAAAUUGUAGUGUGACAAAAUGUGUAAGGCUUUGAGGUAUGCAAGGAACAUGUAGGCUUCAGAAGUUUCUGCUUCAUAUUGUUAGUUUGAGUAUAUAAUUUUUGAAAGUUCUUUAACUUGGAUGAGACACCCAUGCUAAGCGUGGACAACAGGACAAGAAAUUGCUUACGGUGAGUUUCUAUAGUGUAAUAUUUUCUUUUAAAGUUUUGAGGUUUCAGGAAGUGUAAUACUGCAGGGUGGAAAUUUCAUUGCAAAUCUCACAUGGAACCAUCUUCUUUGUUCUCACCUCCCUGCAUGCAUCUUGGCUAUGUUUUAUGUUAAUUCAACCUGGCAGUUCUGAUAACCCUUAACUUAAAAAUGAUGCAAACCUUUACACUGAGAUUCAUUGCUUGACUUUUUUCUAGAUUCAAGCCAUCAGUCAACCUGACUUGAACAUGUUCAACACAUCUGAACUUCUCCAACAUACAGAACAAAGUAGAAAAGCCAAGUUGCUCAGAACUUUUGCCAAACAGUACCUCUAGCAUGAAUUAAUACUGUCCAUAAUUUCUCAUGACAUCAGUAAAUUGUGUGUAGUGUAAAUAAAAGCAAACUGGAAAAUUGACUCUAGAUGUGUAUGUGCAGUUGAUUUCGUUGUUGGAAAAAUUUCCACAACGUUGAAUUUCUUCCUUGACUCGCAUUCUCAAGACAUGACAAUCACAGGUUUCACUGUGUUCUCUAAUGAGGAACUCACUUCUCUGUAGGAGAGUAUUUUCAUUUAACAGGAGGACUGAUGGAUAUAUUUGCUCCAAGGGUACCUAAGGUGCAGGUAAACGUCCUCUUUUUCAAGGUUCAGAUGCAAACAAGUUCUUAAAGAUUGUAACUUCUGGGAUAAAAAUCCUUCUGCAUAGGUUCAAAGGCAUGGAAUAAACGAAACAAGUUCUCUCAAUAGUAAAUGAAUGUAAAUUAUUUGUCUUUCUGUUUGUGCAUAUUGUGUGGCAAAACUAAGAAGCAGUCGCAGAGAAGACUAGCAAAAAGGCAGAGGAAAAUAACUCAAAGGCUGUAAUCCACAUUUCAAAUUAUUUAUUUACCCUGCCACCUGCAUUUUCAACAUUAAAUAAUCCAUCUACUAAUUCUCUAGUGAGG